ACGCUGGGGCUGUCAAGAAGAUUGAAAAAGAUGGCAUAGCUAGUGUCAGCCAGCCGGGUAGAGGCAGAGGAACAAUGCCUGUAAGAGGUACCCCUUUUCCAGCCAGAGGACUGAGGACCGGUUUUAACUCUAGUGGCCGGGGAUUUAGUAAGGAUAUGCCUAUAAAUGCUGGCAGAGGUCGGGGGAUAGGUCGAGCCAUGAUGCCCCAACAAAGACCUGCUACUGCUCCUUUUACAGUAAGACAAGUCAUGUAAAAAUUAUGUCUUCAUUUGCAACUGAACUACGGCAGAUUUUGUUAAAUAAAUUGUUAACUUUAUUUUUUUUUACCUCUAAUCAACUGGACAUGAUGUUCAUAUGGAUAAUCAAGAUGAUAAAUGGAUAAAUUAUAAAUGUACCCUAAAAAAGUUGACAAUGAUAUUUUUUUUAUAAGUAACAAAUUGCACACUUCACUUAUUAAUAGUUAUAUUUUUUGUAUUUGCUCAUAUUGCAUUCCUAUCUUUAAUAGAGGCCUGGGCCCGGCAUGCCAAUCCCUAUGACAGGAAGACAGAAGAUGAAUGAAAAAAUGAGACGUAGCAAUUUUGGUAUGGCUCCUGGAAGCAACAGCCUGUUUUCCAUGCCAGGAAAUGUAUUAGGUACCCGGUAAGUGAAAUGGGAUUAAUGUUAUUCCAGAAUGAAAAUAACAAAUCAAAGCCGCGCAUUUUAAUACAGUUUGUGGCGCCUCAUUUGUCAGCUGAAAUUGGUUACAAUCAGAUAAAUUUAUAUGUGGAAAACCUGAGAUAAAAAAACACCAAAAACUGAACUUGAAAGACAGUGGACCCAUUUGGCAUGGCAGGAAAAUCUAUGCAACGUUGACUUUAAGUGGGUUAUCCUUAAACUUUAAAAUUGAAAGAAAUAGGAUCAAUCUUAAAACAUGUCCCAUUAAAAAUCAUGGCACGUUUAUCCUGGAAUAUGCAAAGGAAAAAAAAUAAUAAUAAAAUCAUUUGUCAAAACUGAAGUGAAACUGAAAAUAUAUAUAUAUAUAUCUAUAUUUUUUAAAAUUUUAGCGGAGCUGCUAUAAAUUCUGUAGGGGAUUCUUUUAAACAAGAAAUCGCUUCUCUGCAAAAUCAGCUUGAGAGGAGCACUCAGGUCUUGGAAGCCAAGAUUGCCAUGUUGCAACAGACUACACAAAGUGCUGCAUUCUAUGACGAGGACGUCAACGUUUUUGAACCAGGGUAAUUUAAAUGGGACUUAACUCAUUCCUGGAGGUUGCGACUGUGUGUCCUGGGGGGUGGGUUCCAAUGGAUGCGUCCCAGCAUUUUUAAUUUGAAAUAGAGGUGAAAUCCUGUGUCCCUCGAAACUUCCUGCCAUGGCGUGAUUCUGCAUGAUUUCCAUGUUAAAAAAAACAGAUGUUUUUAUCUUGUUUCACUUUCAAUCAAUGCUUGCUUUAGCACAGCGUGUCUAAAGUAGAUACUUUGGUCAUCAUGUUUGCUGUUAAUGUUAAAUUUUUUUUAUUAAACCUUAUUUGUUUUUGGAUGGAUUGAGUCUCAAUUCAUUAUUUUACUUGUGUAUUUCAAUGACAAAUGGAGUUACUUACCUUUGUUCUGAAAUAUAAAUUAAGUACAGAUGUAGUAAAAAUGGGGAUUAAACUGAACUCAAACUGAACACAUUAAACUUGAACCCUGCUGACGACCGAACUUGAACAGAUCCCUAAACGUCUAUGUCACUGAGUAUGAACAUUCUAUCGCAAACUUAUUCAAAAGGACACUGUUUUAAGAAUGUGGCACAUUAAUACUUACGCCAGAAAUGCUUUUAACUAAAAAAUUAAAGCGCAAAAAGAUAUUUUGUAAACCAAAAUGAUAUUUUUAAAAUCUUCUCCUACCCAACUCACUCCCCCCUUUAAUGUUUGUAUUAAUUUGUGACAAAUUAAACAAUGAAACUAUCUGGCUGACUCGUUUUCAUCCAUUGCCAGAAACUCUUUCAAACACAAACCAAAUUAGCUACUGGUAGGCCUAUUUAUUUACCUAUCAAACAAAUUGUGUACAGUUGACAACACCUAGAAGAUGUGAGAUAAUGCAUGGGUGGAGAGGGGACAAAAUGGCACGGUAGUAUGUUGAUCCUAUAGGCAGUGACACAUAUGAAAAAAAAAAGGGGGGGGGGGGUUACCCAGUGUGGCAAUUUUUUUAUUAUAUCGAAAGGUAGAAGGGCAGCAUUUUUGGCAAACUGCAGAGGUUUUAUCAAAGAAUGGGGCGUCAAAAAAGGAUAGAUAUUUAAUAAUAAACUAUUCCAUAAGUAUAAACACAAAAACCCAAUAAAAAUGUAUGUUUCCAUAUUUUCAUUUAAGUUUAGUGACACACGUUUAUUUAUAGCUAUAUAAAUCCCAGUGUGCUAUGAUAAAUUAAGAAAAUAAAAUUCUUUUCUUUUUUGGUGAAUUUCUAUAUAAACCCUUUCAUUUAUAAAAAAUGUAAUAUAUAUUUAUUUUAUUAAAUUAAAACCAAAUUAAUUUCAAAUUAUUGAGCGCGCCGAGUGGCAGUGGUUGCCGAUCCCAAUAUUUAGUUGUUACUGGAAGUAUCACUCCUUUGGGAAUGAGUUAAGAUAAAUUGAAGAUGAGUUGACUGAAAAUAAGCGAUAAUCCUUGUUUUAAAACAAGUUCUUCUAUUAUAGAUGCGUAUUUCUGUAUCAUAAGAUUUAUUUUUUUGUUUACUUGCUUCAUCCAGGGACUGGGGAGAUGCUGAGUAUAACACUGGCUACAGUCACGAAAACUAUUCUGUGGACAACGGUCGCUAUGGCAAUGACAACCUGAUGAGUUUUCACUUUAAUAAUGCCACUUCUAUCAGGCCCAGAAGAUCUUUGGCAGGAGCCUAUGCUGGAUCAGAACCCAAUAUGGGACAGGUGACAGGGCACAAACCUCAAAUGGGACCCUCUAGAGGUUCUCCAAGUAUGAGAAGGGGAGAAUCAAGGGGCGGGGUGAGGAGAGGAAGAGGCCAGAUGAGAGGAAAUUCACAAACCUAUUGGUGAUGCUGGUGUCGCUGGUUCGCUAAUGUAUUUGUUUUAUUGCUAAACGUGCUGAAAUGUGGUAGGUCACAUUGUUUCAUGUUUUUCAAAAUGUUAUUUUACUUUUAGCUCGCUCUGAUCACAAAAUAGCAAUUUUUCCUGGUAUGAUCUACAUAAUUUGUGUUCAUGUAAUGAAACUAUCUUGUCUACUUGAAAGAAAGCUGUGACUGGGUUUUCUUGGAAGCUAAUUGUUAUUUCCUAUUCCUCCUUUUCCCCAUCUACCCGUCUAAUAAUUGCUUUGCUUUUUUUAAAAACAUUUUCAAUGAAUUUGUUCUUACACACAAAUUGUAUUAUUGUAUGAAUACCAAAUUGUAUAGAGAGAAUAAUAAAAUUCAAAAAUGGUUAUCAACUG